GUGUGCUAAAUGAUUUGGUAGGAACAUUCAUCUAAAUAGUUCUUUUUCUUUGUGGAAAACGAAUACAACUCAAGUAUGAAUCAACUGGCAGAAAAGUUGAUCAAUUUAUCCCUUUCUUCAAAUUAUCAUGAAGAUAUGCGAAAAUUCAUCUUAGCUUUCAUAUCUAAGUAUGAUUUAAAUAUUAAGACGGCAACACUGGCCGUUGUUAUUGUCAUCCUUGGGAGUCUCUAUCUUUCGACUUAUGGGUCAAACCGAAGGUCGAAGGUCAAGCUCAAGCCCAAGUCCGAACACUUUGACCGUACAAGGUCAUGGAUCGUAAGAGAAAUUCAUAGUGGAAAACCCAUAUUGGAUAGAUUGAAAGAGGAUUUCAAUAAAGCUCGAGUAAAUCCUGCAACAUUAAAACACACUAAGAAAGUUUUGAAGGCUUUACUCAAUGAAGAAUAUCUUGAUUUAAUAAAGAUUCAGCAAGCUGCGGAAAAGCUGGAAAUGAGUGGAAGUGAAGAUUCUGCGGUGGAAGUACUGGAAAGGGCCGUAGAGAAGGCUGAAAAUGCGAACAAACCACAUGAAGUUUACGAAAUUGAAAUGUUCCUAGUAGAAAUGCUCAUCUAUAAGGGAGAGCUGGACAGAGCCUUGAACCGUACAUGCUUGAAAGAUGAUUCGCUUAAAGAUGCUCGACGCCCACUGUACAAGGCUAUUAUAUACCAAAUGAAGGGAAACACGGAAAAAGCCGAUGAAUGUUGGAAUGAAUUCCUUACGGUACAAGAUCCUCCUUGCACCGGAUUUUCUCUUUAUAAGUUCAAAAAAAAUGUGGAACGACUUCAAAGUGCAAUACAAGAAUUAUCGAGGACGAAGGGACAAUAAAACAUGUCAUUGUGAUCAUUAUAUGAUAGAUAAUAGGCUAUUUGUUGAUUUACUGUUUUUAAGAGUAGUUUAGUUUUUUACUAUAAUAAUGUUUACUGUGAGGUUAAUUACGAUAAGAGUAAAUGUAAAAUGUUUACACUGUCAACAAAUCACAGUUACUUUAUAAUUGAAGUCGGGCAGAUUUUAUAA